AUGGGACAAGACAAUUGGUCAUCAAAUAAAUACGUAAAGCACGCUGCCUUUGUGCCUCGACUUGGAUCUGCUAUUCUUGAUGCACUCGAUCCUCAACCUCAUGAACACAUUCUAGAUUUUGGCUGUGGCAAUGGUAUCCUGACUCGAGAACUCGCUGGUCGUUGUAAAUCUGUUGUAGGCAUUGAUGCAAGUAAAGCAAUGAUUGAUGGUGCUCCUUCUGUUAAGAAUGUCGAAUACUUUGUCGUAGAUGGACAUGAUGCUGAUGACUGGUUUGACAAGACUGGACAGUCACCCUUUGAUGCUGUAUUUUCCAGUGCAACACUUCAUUGGCUCAAGCGUGAUCCUGUUAAGGCUAUUAAAAGUAUUCAUCAUACCUUAAAGCCAGGUGGAAGGCUUGUUGCUGAACUUGGUGGUUUUAUGAAUUGUGCAAGUGUUCAUACAGCACUCAUUGCUGCUUUAAAUGUACGUGGUAUCGAUGGUGCAGCUUACUCACCUUGGUUCUUUCCAUCACCUGAAUAUUAUAGUCAACUGCUAACAGAUAAUGGAUUCAAAGUGUUGGAUGUUGAACUCAUUCCUCGCCCAACUGAAUUGGAAACAGAUGUCGCUGGUUGGAUCGAAACCUUUGGUUUUAACUUUCUUAAUGCACUAGACUCAGACAGUGAGCGUAAGAAGAUGGUUGCAGAAAUCCAAGAAUACCUUCGUCCUGCACUUCAAAGAGAGGAUGGUAAAUGGUUUUUGCUUUAUACUCGCUUAAGAGUAAUUGCUGUAAAGCAAGUAUGA